CUACUGCGCAUGCGUGUAGAGCCGCCUUAAGGGACGCUCUUUUUCCCACUGUGCAUGCGUGUAGAGCCGCCUCAAGAGACGCUCUUCUUUCUACUAUGCAUGCGUUCUGGUGCAGCCUCAAGGGACGUUCUUCUUCCUACUGUCCAUGCCUGUAGAGCCGUUUUAAGAGACGCUCGUCUUCCUACUGCGCAUGCGUGUGGGGCUGCCUCAAGAAUCAGAGUUGGAAGGAACCUCCUGGGCCAUUGAGUCCAACCUCCUGCACAACUCAGGAUCUUCAGCUAAAGCAUCCCCAGGAAAUAGCUGUCUGGCUUCUUUUUUUGAAGAUACCCAGAGAAGAAGACCCAUCACCCCUUGGGGCAGUUGAUUCCUUUGUCAAACCAUUAUCACCAUCAAGAAGUCCCUUCUAGUGUUGAAUCAAAAUCUACUCUCCUGUCAUUUGAGACAAUUUGAUGUAGUUCUAUCCUCUGCACCCUCCUUUCUGUGAGAGCCCUUGAGGACAAGACGAAUCAUCUGCUGCCUUAUAGCCCGUCCCUUCUGCCCUGUCAACAGCCAUCAUACCAAAACCAAUAAAAACAAGAGAAGAGAGGAAAAGCAGAAGCGGUGUUCUGGGUAGCACUUUCUUGCUGGAGAUAGUGUGAACUCUCUACAGCUGCAGCUAAAAAGAAAAAACUAGACAGGGUUGUGAGUAUAAUCUACUAGCUAAGAAGAUGGGCGUACAGAUUAAAGAAAUGGCUAAAUGCCCUCCACCAAGCUCUAGAAGCCAUCUAAAACAGCCUUGGAAAUUUUGGGACUCGAUGAAGAUAACAGCUUUUAUACUGGGCUCUGGCCUGCUCAUGUUUGUUGCUUUCAGGAAUUCACUCAUGUGGCAUCUGCAGAAAUUCUGGGGAGCCUCUGGCUUCUUCUGGCAGACUCAGUGGGAGACACUCUACCAACUCCUUGGUGGAAACGAGUGGGCAAUUUUCAUUUUAGGCCCUGCCCUAACCCCUGCCUUUGUAUUCUGGGGCUUCAAUGGGAUCUUACUGAUAGCUGAUAUGACUGGAAAGCCCCGAUUCAUUACACAGUACCGAAUUCAGUUGGGGAAGAAUGAUCCUGUUGAUAGAGAAAAAUUGCGCAAAGCCAUCCUCACUGUGGCAUUCAAUAUGAUUUUCAUCUCUUUGCCUAUGGUGAUUCUCCUGUUGCCCAUCAUGAAAUGGAGGACUGAGCCGUGCCAUUUGCAGCUGCCCACAUUCCACUGGUUUCUUCUUGAAGUGGCCAUUUUUACUCUAGUAGAAGAAAUUUUAUUCUAUUACUCUCAUCGACUUGUUCACCAUCCUUUCUUGUAUAAGCACAUACAUAAAAAACACCAUGAAUGGACUGCUCCCAUUGGUAUAAUAUCAGUCUAUGCUCAUCCAGUGGAACAUGUGGUUUCCAAUAUGCUGCCUGCAAUUGCUGGGCCAGUCCUCCUUGGAUCCCAUGUUACUUCAACUACAGUUUGGCUCUGUCUUGCCCUUCUGGCUUCCUCAGUCUCACAUUGUGGCUACCAUUUGCCUUUCCUGCCUUCACCAGAAUUCCACGAUUUUCAUCACCUCAAGUUCAACCAGUGCUACGGUGUCCUGGGAGUGCUAGAUCGCUUGCAUGGAACAGAUACAAUAUUCAAACAAACCAAGGCCUAUGAGAGACAUCUUGUCCUGUUGGGCUUCACACCACUUACAGAAAGCAUUCCCAACUCACCCAAAAAAUCAGAGUGACCACAUCUUUAAGCAGAGUAUGCUAUAUCUAUCCAAUCAUCCAUUUAAUACAGCAGUCAGAAAAUGACUGUAUGGGGGGUGGAGGGGGAUUCUAGAGAGCAAGAGUUAAUUUGGUUACGCUAUGACCUAUGAGUUAUCAGAUGAAACAUGUAUCUGUAGAGUUCUACAUGACAAUUGUAAUCUUUCUAAGCAACUGAAUGACCAGUUGAUCAAUGAAACAACUGGAAAUGUGAUUAAACUACCAUGUAGGAAAUAAAAGACUAUAUUUUCCAGCUGACAGAAUUCCAAGGUAUGAGGCACUAGUUUGCCCAGACCCAACAGAAAAAAACCAGAAACAAGACUCUGGAAAACUUCCCAUCUCUGAGGAAAGCAACUAGCUGCUAUCUUGGCUUUAGACAGCAUGUAAUGAUUCCAGGAGCUUGACAUCUGUAUUACCUGUGGGGCAAGAAAUGAGUUCUAACAAUGCAAGCUUCAAGACCAUGCUCUUGUUUGUAGUAAAAAGCUCCCUUGCCAAAACACAGCCAUAGGAAAUGGGAAUGGGUACAAAUCUGCAGAAGGACAGUUAUCUCAAGUUUUCCAAGGAGCUAAUGGAGACGAGAACAGACAUAGCCAGAAAGCCUUAUAAUACAAAAUGUGUUGUACUUGCUCUGUAAUCAGAGAAAGCUGUUUUGAACAUAUAGAUUAAGUGAUAACACAGAAUCAUGCUUGCAUUUCUCAUAUUGGACAGAUGUAAUUAUGAUGGGGCGGAGGGGAAGACAUGAAGACAGGCUUAAUUUGUACAUUUUUUUUUGGCAGACAACUGAAUCUUGAAUAUCUCUAUUAUGAAAUGACAGAUACAUUUACUCUUAUUUCUCUCUUCCAUUUUUUUCAAAAUAGCUGCAAUCACUCUGGCAACUUUUUAGAUGACAAUUGUUCACCGAAUCCUCUCUUCCUGGUGAUAGAUUAGCUGCUCUUACCUGUGCUGCUAUGUCACUAUUAUCACACUUUCUGCUGUAUGCUCCAUUUUGUGGUUGAUAGGAGUCUUGAAGUAGAAAUAAAAGUUGCAAAGAAUA